AUCCAUUUGCCAAGAGCAGUAUAGACAAGUUAAACAGCCAGCAAAUUUGACAUUUUGCCUGUUUAUUAUUUUUAUGGAUGAGUAUUUAUCAAUUUGUAUACAUUAUAGUUAAAUUAAAUAAGUAGUGCAAAGAUAGAAAUAAACAAGUAGUGAGGUGGCGUUCAUGGAUUCAAUGUCCAUUUAGAAAAUGGAUGGGAUGGUAGAGGGGAGAAGCUGUUCUUGAAUCAUUGAGUGUGUGCCUUCAGGCUUCUUUACCUCAAAUGCCAGAGGACAAGAAUUGAAGAUGAUUGGUUCUGCCUUCUGCAUUUACAAUGUACUUGUUCUGGCCACCAUCUCUUUUUUAAUUCGAGCUGACGCACAUGUUCUCAGAGGGAAUGAAGUAUCCUAUGGAAGAAUAGGAACAGAUAUUAACUUGAUCUGCAAUGCUGCAAAUAACAGGCGUGUUCAUUGGAAAGUUAAUGGGACCGUAGUGGCCAAAACAAACAAUACUCAAGUAGAGAAUGGAAACCUCGUGUUGUUGAUGGCAGGGUUGUCCCUCGAAGGAAACUACAGCUGUCACAAUGACACUGGAGAAAUGUUGCAAUGGACUCUGUUAAAACUUGGAUAUCCUCCAAGUAAGCCUUUGGUGCACUGCAAAGCAUUCAAUUUUUAUAGAAUCGAUUGUUCUUGGGAAAAGAAUCAUUGGGAGUCCUUUCCCAGCAGAUACAUUGCAACCUACAGGGAUCCAAGCAGAAAAUUUUGGAAUUGCACUACACGGUCACCUGAUAAUGUGUGUCAAAUAGACAAUCCUCAAAUAUAUUCGCAACUGCCAUAUGUAAUGAAUGUAACAGCUGUCAAUCCAGUUGGCCACAGGACUACGCUCUUGGAAUUUGUAGUACUGGACAUUGUUCAGCCUGAUCCACCUACAAAUGUAAAAGCUGAGCCUGUGUUUGGAUCUCCCAGAAGAAUAAGCGUUCGGUGGAGUUAUCCUUCAUCAUGGAGUUUACGUUUUAACUUAAAGUUUAUCCUGGAGUACAGACUUCAGCAGAAUGACUUCUGGUUUCGGCUCGAGACGUUCAAGGAAGAAGUGACUAUUACUGAUGCCAUUGGUGCGCAACUAUAUUUGAUUCGUGUUAAAGCAAAAGAUUUCUUUGAUUAUGGGAAGUGGAGUGAAUGGAGUUCAGAAGUACUGGUCACUACAUGGACUGAAACAACUUCAGAAUCUACCCAGACUACUUUUGCAGCAUUAACAGUGGACUAUGUGGACGUUCACGGUCAACAAACAGAGUCUCCCUCUGCUCCAACUUCAAUAUUUCCAAGCUCUGAAGUGCUGGAUACGGAUGUUAUCAUAUUGAUCUCAAUUGCCAUCAUGAUCGGGCUAUUCUCAAUGACGGCUGCAUUCGUGCUCUGGGUCAGAAAGAAAAAGCGAGAACCACAUAAGGCUGAAAUUCUAAUGAAGAAGGCAUUACCUUAUUGUUAAUGCUCGGCUCCAUCUUCAUCUGAGAUGUACAGCAAUUAAUCUGUCAGGGAUUCCUGUCACAAUAUUCUAUGAAGAAUUUUCAGCUAAUAAAAAAACACAAAUAAUAACAGCCAGGACAUUGGCUUCUAAACGGAAGAAAAUGCCCAGAUGUUUCAAACUAGUUGCGUUGAACUGGUUGAUCUUCCCGUCAACGUGUGCCAGUGCAAAGACCUCACUGUUUAAGUGGGAUGGAAGCUGAUUUGUUUUAAUUGUGGUUGAUAAAUUUCCUUGAUAUUGUCCUUUAAUAUUCAGUCUGUGUUUUCCAACACCUGCAAGUCGUGAUACAACUCGCUUGAUGCAGUUUGGUUUCUGCCAUUAAGUUUGGUCUUUGAAGAGCUGAGUUUUGUAUCUGAAGAGCUUGGCCUUCUCUACUUCAAACAAAAAGACAAUAUCCAAAGGACAGCUUUUGGGAAGAAUGUGACCCAUCUUUGGGUCUGCAUCAACUGCUGUAAAGUAACUGCAGGAUACAGAAGAUGGAACCACUUUCCAAUUUUAACUGCCUCAGUAAUGUGCAACCACAAGAUAAUUUACAAGCUGAAGCGAAGCGUUGAGGAGAUGGUGAUUAUUACAUGUGGACGUCUGAGCCUAUUUUGGUCUUUGCUUAUUUUAAAGCACUUGACCAUUGAGUAUGGAAUCUCAUCUGCAAAUUAUUUUCUGUGGACUUUUUAAUACAAGAGAUUGUGACUGGGGGAAGCCUUAUCUUAACCUUAAAGUGCAGGUGUACGUGGAAGGGAAAGCACUUGGUGCUGAUUAUAUACACCACUGCUUUUCACGUGUUGUGGCCUUAUUCUGUAAAGCACAAACCGGACAAAAAGAUAAUUGUCCCCUUACAGAGCAGGAGGACAGUUACUAUAAAUAUUUUUUUUGCACAGAUUGUGCUAGAAAUCAAACACUUUUUAGGUAAAAGGCACGAAUGUUAUAAGGAUAGCUUUUGAUUCUAAUGGUGAGCUUUCUUCGUUCACUAUUAAAAUGUUUCACUUACUUGUGGUUGCUUCCAUUCAAUAAGAAAAAUGAUGCUUAUUAAGAAAUAAUUUAAGUAUUUACGGAAUGAAGACAUUUCCAGGUAGGUAGGUGUGGAUUCUGUCCAAAUUGAAACUUCUACCCCCCACCCCCCCCAAACACAGAUGCGUACACCAUAUUAAUACUGUAAGAAGUUCAAGUACUUUCUUGAAAAAAAGUUUUUCUUUAAUAUUGAUAUAUUAAACUCUGCAGUAUCAUGCAGGUUACAAUGUAGAAUGGAAAUGUGAAUUUAAUAAUUGUCUAGAACACCAUUGAAAUUUAAAUCUGCCAAAGCAAAUAUUCUUUACUGAGGAGCAAAAUGCUAUCUGGGGAAAAAAUCGCAUUUAGAAGUCCAAAAUUAAUCCUUUUCUAAAAUUACCAUUAUUCCCAAAUAUGAAGUAUUUCAUAUUUUUUAUGCCCGACUUACUGUUGACUUAAAAGCUUUACGAGGUAAUUUAUCCUUUUUGAAUCUAGAUCUAGAAAUUUCUACUGAAGGUUUUGGAGACAUUGAAGCUGGUGCAAUUUUGUUUUUCAUUUUUAUUUCUAUUUUUAAUUCUUGUGAAAUUGAGUCAAUCUACAACUUCCAUUUAUGGAGAAUCUUUGUUGUAGCAAACUGCAUAAUAGGGGUGUAAUCAAACAAAAGUGACUGCAAGCCGCAGUUUAGUGGUAUAUUGAAAACAGUUGUCUAAAAGGUGGAUUUUGAGGAGUGUUGCAAGCAGGAAAGGAAACAGUGGAAAUUUAAGGACUUAGGGCCCUGGCAGCUGGUGCUAUGACUAUCAUUGGUGGAGAGAUUGUUUGAUGAUCUUAGGUUUGUUGGGACGUAGAGCAAGGGAAGCCAGCUGGAGCUGGGAAUAGUCCAGCUGUAUCAAAGCACCGAACAGUGGUUUCAGUCUUCCCAGUAUUAGAAGGAACUUCUGAAUCAGAAUCAGGUUUAUUGUUAUUGAUGUAAGUUGUGGUAUUUGUUUUGUCACAGCAGUGCAGUGCAGGCAUGACAAGUUAUAAUGAGUUGCAAUAAAAAGAGUACAAAAGAGGAAUAGUGAGGUAAUGUUCACUGACUGUCCGUAAAUCUGACGGCAGAGGGGAAGAGGCUGCAAAUUGUUCUGAUCCAACAUGCUGAGAGUAAUGUAGUCUGAGAAUUUGGAGAUAGUGAAUUGGCCAGGUGGUGCAGUGUGUUCUGCAUCGUCUGUCAAUCACUAGUUAGCACUCGGGUGAAAAUGAGGGCGAAGCAGUUGAGCAUUUGGUGCGAGGAGAAACUAUACUGUCUAAGUGUCGCCUAACGUUUAUGCACAGUAGCGUGGCAGCUUGCAUAACGCGUCAGGUUACAGCGCCAGGUCAGAUUUCAGUUCCUGCUGGCGUCUGUAUGCAGUUAUACAUUCUCCCCAUGAUUGUGUAUUUCCUCCAGAUGCCCUGGUUUCCUCCCAUAUUCCAUUAGGGCCAGUGGGUUGUGGGCAUGCUGUGCUGGUACUGGAACUGUGGCCCCAGCACAAUCCUUGCUGAUUUGAUUUGAAUCAAGUGACGCAUUUCACUUUCUGUUUCAGUGUAUGAGUGACAAAUAAAGCUAAUCUUUAAUCUUAACUGUGAAGGAACUGAUGUCUCGUGGAUGGGUGAAUACGGUUUAACUUGGUCAACAUCUGUCAACUGUUGGGUUUGUAGAUUUGAUUGAAUUAACUGCAGGGUUUUAACUGUAAAAGGAGCCUUUAUGAAACUUGCGUUAAUCAGCCAAUCAAAAGACCAUAAGACAAAGGAACAGAACUAAGCCAUUUGGCCCAUCGAGUCUGCUUGGCCAUUCCAUCAUGGCUGAUUUCUUUCUCCUCUUGUCCCCAUUCUCCUGCCUUCUCCUCGUAACCACAUUUCUUCAUUCAGCUUGCCUCUGCCAGAAGGAAGCCACGAGAAAGGUGAUGUUUGAAACAAAGCGUUAGCUACAAGGACUAAAUUGCUAAGCAAAGCUGCUGAAAUCUUUAUACCGCAUGAAGUUAAUAUUUGUCAGUCACUUUGAACAGAGAAGGGGCUACUUGUACAAUUGUUCUGUGACUAAUGUUUUGGAAGGGUUAGCUACAAAUCCUGUUCCUUUGUGUUUAUCUGUAAUCUUAGAUGGCAUCAUUGAUAAAAUGUUAUUGCUGAUCAAUUAUUUGAUAUAAAAAAUAUAGCAGAAUUCCAGGAUAAGUUAACUGCCUUUGAAGAUGGGAAAACUAAAAUGAUGAUGAUUUGAAGAAUUAUUUGUCAUGGUUUGCUUUUUUACAUGACAGCGUAGUUGUGGCAUUUGAUGGAAUUAGUGCUGGAAGUCGUUAAUGCUGUCGACUUUUUGAAAAGCGUUGUAUUGUGAUUAAUCAGCAAUAUAAUUAAGUCGUUGCCUCUGCUAAUGCCACAUUUGGAGUACAGUGGCUUGUUGUUGCAUAACCAGAAGAUGUGGGGGCUUUAGAGAGAGUGGAGAGGAGGUUCACCAGCAAGUUGCCUGGUUUAGAGGUUAUUAGCUACAAGGAGUGAUUGGACAAACUUGUGUUUGGUUUCUCUGGAGCUCCAGAGGUUGAGUAGCCACCUGACAGAGGCACAAACAGGGUAGGCAAUCGGCGUUUUACCCCAAGGUAGAAAUGUCAGGUACAGGACAACGUAAGUUUCAAGUGAGAAAGAAAACUUAAUGUAGAUUUGAGGUGGGUUUUUUUUACAGAGUAAUGUAAAAGUAAAUUUAUUAUCAAAAUUGGUAUAUGUCACCUUAUAGAACCCUGGCAUUCAUUUUCUGUGGGCAUUUACAAUGGAACAAAGAAAUACAACCGAAUCAGUUAAAAACUACACACACAGGCUGACAAUGUGCAAAAGAAGAUCAACAGUGCAAAUAAAUAAUACCGAGAGCAUGAAGUUGGGUUAGGCUAGAAAUGAGAGCAGGAGUAGGCCAUCUGACCCCUCAAGCCUAAACUCGACUACAACUGGAGGUCAUGGGUUAAGGGUGAAAGUUUAAGGGGAACAUGAACUUCUUCACUGAGAGGAUUGUGAGAAUGGGGAACGAGCUGCCAGCACAAAUGGUGCAUGUGAAUACGAUUUCAAUGUUUACGAAAAGUUUGGAUAGGUACAUGGUGGGUCUGUGCAGGGCUAUGUUCCUGGUGCAGAUCGAUGGGAGUAGGCAGUUUAAAUGGUUCGGCACAGACUAGACAGGCCAAAGAGUGUGUUUCUGUGCUGUACUUUUCUAUGACUGACUUGUAGAGUCCUUGAAAGUAAGUCUAUGGGUUGUGGAAUCAGUCCAUUGGUGAGUUGAGUGAAGUGAUCUAUGGUGAUUCAGGAGCAUGUGAUUCACCACCAGCAGAAGUGGUGGAAACAGUCAUGGUGACGUUUAAGGUUCAUUUGGACAGAUGUAAACAGGUAGGGAAUGGAGGGAGGUUGAGCAUGUACGAUUUAGGUGGACAUCAUGGGCUGCAAAGCACAGGACCGGAAACAGCAUUUUGCAACAUGUUUGAGUCAGUUGCCAGUAUUCUGGUAAAUGCAGAUCAAUAUCUUUUUCCAUUGGCUCUGCUUAGCUUUCUAACUUUGGAUGCAAGUCCUGAAACAUGAAAGGGCUGUUGUAAUUAUCACUCAGCUGCAGGGCAGUCCAAAACAAAUUCUCUUCAUGCUUCAAUGCAGUUUGCUUCUGGUGUUCUCUGAUAGUGCUUCUCUCCAACCUUGUUUCAUAAUUAUCACCAGAAAUAUACCUUGCACUUAUUAACCGUAAGACUGCUCUUGCUAUCAAAUAUUAUAUAUAAAUGCUGCAGUAUAAUGAAAUGCUUGAUAUAAUAAAGUAUGUUGUGAAUCUUGUAUACUUCACAAAAUAACUUGUUCAAUACAAUAAAAUAUUUUUUUAAACACCUAAGAGUAAAAUAACUUCAAAUAUGUGUAAGACCCUCUACCUAAUUUUCAGUAAGGAUUGAUAGUUUUUAAUCAUCUAUUGGCAAUUAUAAACCUCUUCUGCCUGAGCCAGGAUCUUGUAUCUGGAUUGUAUCCAAUAUUUUAAAGUUCAGUCAUUGCCUUAGUUUCUAAAACGUAAGAUACCAUGAUGCCAGAUUUUUAUCGUGUCUGGGGUAAAGAAGCCUUGAGUGCUGAAAACUAGUUAUUAUGAAAUUACCAUAAAGCUUGAGUAAAAAUUUUUAAUGCCAUUUGAAAGGCAAUCUCAGCAAUUUAUGUCACUUCACCUCUCCACCCCACCUCCAAAGCUACCAUACAUUUUGCUGUUUUUGCUAGCACCCUAGUUCCAGCUAACUGGUUUCACUGAUCCAUCUUGUUACAACAUGGUAUCCCUAGUAACUGUCCCACUGUAUUAGCCAUACGUUUACUUUCCUAAUCUGUUUAUCCCCAAGGCCAGAUUAGACAUAGUUCAGGAAGUGUUCUACACAUUUGGCGAUGUGUUCUUUAAUCUUAGUAACCUAAACCAGGUAUUCUUCAAUUAGGAUCUCUUACUCACUGUUAACUAAAUUGUUGACUGCAACAUGAAGUACAGGAAUUCUGUCCUCUCCCUCAUGAAUGUUUUAUGCCUUUAUCCCAAUAUUAGCAUUGAUUUAGAGAAGACUAGAAUAUAGAAGGAUGUAACUCUAUGACUUUAUAAGACAUUGGUCAAGACCGCAUUUGGAGUAUUGUGAGCAGCUUUGGGCCCCUUAUCUAAGAAAGGAUGUGCUGGCAUUGGUGAGGAUGUGGAGGAGGUUCAUGGAAAUGCUCUAAGAAAUGAAAGGGUUAACAUGUGAGGAACAUUUUGUGGCUCUGGGCCUGUACUUGCUGGAAUUUAGAAGACUGACGGGGGAGCUCAUUGAAACCUACUGAAUAUUGGAAGGCCUAGAGUGGAUGUGGAGAGAAUGUUUCCAUUAAGUGAGGGAAUCUAGGACCAAAGAUAACAGCCUCAGAAUACAAAGGUGUCUCUUUAAAACAGAGAUGAGGAGAAUUUUCUUUAGCCAGAGGGUGGUGAAUCUGUGGAAUUCAUUGCCACAACUGUUGAUACAGAAAGGCAGUACUUCAGGCAAGAAUAUACAAAUGUAAAUAUUUAGGGCUGGGCUUUCCUCUGAAACUGAUCACCUAAAAUAGUUGUAGUUUGCACAUAAGAUCAUGAAGCUUUCAGUGGAAAUCCACUUUCCAUGAUCUUUUGUGCUGCGUUAAAAAAAUACAUGUAGAUAGAUCCACCCAAAAAAUACUGGACGUGUUCCCAGGUUGAACAAAUAUUGCUUGGGAGUUUCCACUUAUUUCACAGGCCCUUUUAAGGAGGCUUUAAAAAACUCAGUUGACUCCUCUGCACCCAAGGGUACUGAUAAGGAUAUUUCAAACGGUUUAGACUUAUUUGCAUAUGAACCUGAUUUCCUGUUUCCUAACUAAUGGAACAUUUUGGUUUCUCACAAUUUGCAGUUGUUAUCCCCAGAUCAUGGGCUGACACUGAUUUUGUGGCAAAUCUUUAAGCUAGUGUAAUCGAAAGUUACCGCACCAAUUUUUUUAAACUUUAGAAACUGUAUUAAAAUGUAGUCUAACUAUACUGACUUAGGGGAGAUUUUGCAUAUGGGGAUAUACAAGAAAACCUGUGGGAAAACUUGAGCACUUUUCAAAAUGAGGUUGUGAAACUCUUAUUAAAAAAAGAUGUUGCUGAAGUUGGAUAUGUUUUAAAAGUCUGCAAGCCUUUUCUUUAUUUGUUUUAUGAAAUGCCAGCUGAGAAAAGGGAAAGAAAUACAGCAACUCAGAGAAUUUUUUUUGUCUGAUGCCAUGUGUUGAGGCUUUUUGACUCUGCUUAUGAUGAAUUUGUGAAUGAGUUUUUAAAAUAUGUAUGUAUCAAGGAAAGCUUUGGCAGUAUAUGGUAGAAGAGGGUGGCGUUUUAAACACUGAGAAAUGUUAACGUGUUUUCAUGAUAUUCUGGUGGAGAAUUAAUAAUUCCUGUUUGAACUUAAUGCUGAAUGCUGACAAAUUGAUAGUACAGGUCACUAAAUUACAAGUGCCAGACAAUUGUGCGGGUCACUAAGUUACAAAGAUUGGGUGCCAUGGUGGCAUAAGUGGUUAGCGAGACACUAUUACAGCUUGGGGCUUUGGAGUAAGGGGUUCAAUUCUGUCGCCAUCUGUGAAGAGUUUAUGGGCACCCCUCCCCUGCACCCAGUGAAAUACCUGCGUGUUCUCUGGGUUGCCCAGUUUCUUGCCACAGUCCAAACAUGAACUGGGUAGGUUAGUUUGUCCUGUGAUUAGGUUAGGGUUAAAUUGGGGUUGCUGGGUGAUGUGGCUAGAAGGACCAGAUGGUCUAUUCCACGCUGUAUCUCUAAAUAAGGAAAAUAAAAUUGCAAGGAGAGGCUACUCGUGUAGGUUUAGCGUGUAGAGUGUAUGCUGAAGUAUCUGGUCUUAGUCCUCCAAAUUGGAUAAAUUCUAUGAACUGAUAUUGAUGAAAGAUGUUCAAGUUCCUCUGUGGAUAUCAUUUACUCAAGAGCAGCACAUGGAACUUGUUUAGUGUGGACAAUACACACAAUUUCAGCAACUACCAGCUGAACUAAUUUUUUGGAUGGAUCAUUAUUUUUGAUAGGCAAUUAUCUUAUAUCUGCAAGGAUAAAGCUAACCAAAUGAUAAUCUAGUACUGGGCAGCUGAACUAUUUGACAAAUUGGUACUUCGCGUUCUCUGCAAUAAGUUUAAUUUGGAGUUUUCCAAAUUAUUUUGUGAAUAGAGAAGAUAUUUUAUUUUACUAUCAGUGAGUGAAAGUAGAAUUUGACUUCAUUCAGAAACUUUUUUUUAGCUUUCUUCAGAGUUUUCUUUAAUUGAUUUGUGCAACAAGUGAACGAACUUACAGCAUCAAUCUGAUGGUGAGUUCUGGAAGUUGUGUCUUCUCUUGUGAAAGAGAAUAAUGUCAGCAGAAAGUCGUUAAAUCACCAUAUAGACUUGUGCAUCAGCUUUUUAAAUUACUUUCUCUGUUUGAUCUGUGGCACUUUUAAUAAGCUAUUUUCUGUUGGUAAAGGAAAUCUAUUUUCAAAACAUUAAAUGUGAAUUUCAAUAAAAAAGCAAUGUAUGUCAAUUUUAGCAUCUGUUUUGAGGUAAAGCUUCUUACAAAAUUUUCAUUAUAGAAAAUUUGACUGGUUUAAUUGCUUUGCAAUUUUUAAAAUGCUAGAAUGUAUCUUGUUCAUGGAGUACACUAUUUUUAGUCGCACUGUAGUUUGAAUUUUCUUCUAUCCACUAGUCUUUUCAAAAUAAAAAAUGUUAUGACA